UUAUAGGGAGGGAAGGAUAUUGGAACAGUCUCAAAGAAGCGGUGAUUUCCUCAAACUUUAGUCUUCCGAACUUCAAUUCAACAAUGGUCAGAGAGAGGGAGAAAGUUAAGAUUCACGUACCAAGACUGGGCCCCUCCAUUUAAAUCAGUGGGAGAGGGGGGUUGAUGGAGCAAAUCUUCCACAGCGCCGACAAACACAAAAGCUCCGUGCAAACGCGGCAGUCCUCAGCACACAUGAAAUGAAACGCAAACUGGCACAAAAGGGGAAGGGAUCUCCCUGCAAGUCUGCACUUCAGCUCGGAACCCUGCCUGAUUUCGACCCCGGUGGGCGCCUUCUAUACGCGCUCAACUUUCCGCAUCUUCGCUAUGACCAUUGCCCUGAGACAGCAGGCGCCUCUCUUCACUUUUUCGAGUAAGUGAGAGCACAGUUUCCUGUGCUUCCACCAGCCGGCAAUGACGUGGCCGAGUAUUAACAUGCAGAUCGGUUUUCUGGGGCUGGGAACAGGGGAAUGCUACGUGUCUGGGUGACUUAAAAAGCCAUCGUAGCUCCCCUCCCUGCCCAGCCAAUUCCAUCAGGGCAGCCAGAGAAAGACAAGAUCCCGUUUAAGGCCCUUCUGACUCCGCGGACACAUCUGAACAUGUCAGAGAUUUGGAAAACGCGCACGGACAUUCAGAAGUCCACCAAUGUCGUAUAUCAGUCCCAUCAUGUGAGUCGAAACAAGAGAGGCCAGGUCAUUGGCACUCGUAGAGGAUUCCGUGGUUGCACUGUCUGGCUAACAGGUCUGUCGGGAGCUGGAAAGACCACCAUUGGGUUUGCACUGGAAGAAUACUUGGUUACCCAUGGCAUUCCUUGUUACUCUCUGGAUGGAGAUAACAUUAGGCAAGGACUAAACAAAAACCUUAGUUUUACUUCCGAGGACCGUGAGGAGAAUAUCCGGCGUAUCGCUGAGGUGGCCAAACUGUUUGCAGAUGCUGGUCUUGUCUGUAUCACUAGUUUCAUCUCUCCAUUUACCAAGGAUCGUGAAAAUGCAAGAAAGAUUCAUGAGAGCUCCAACCUUCCAUUUUUUGAAAUCUUUGUUGAUGCUCCUUUAGCCAUUUGUGAAAGUCGUGAUGUGAAAGGUCUUUACAAGAGGGCCAGAGCUGGAGAGAUAAAAGGAUUUACUGGAAUUGAUUCAGAGUAUGAGAAGCCUGAAAGUUCUGAGUUGGUGCUGAAAACAAACCUCACAUCUGUGAAUGAAUGCAUCCAACAGCUGGUGGAGCUCUUGGAAGAGAGGGGCAUUGUUCCUCCUGCCGCAAAUGAAGAAGUGAAGGAACUCUUUGUUUUGGAAAACAAGCUGGACUUGGCUCGCCAAGCAGCCCAGGUUCUGCCUGCACUACAGAUAACACAGCUGGAUCUGCAGUGGGUGCAAGUUUUAUCUGAAGGUUGGGGAACCCCCCUCUCAGGCUUCAUGAGGGAAAAGGAAUACCUGCAAGUUCUGCACUUUGGGAUGCUGCUGGAUGGUGGAAUCAUCAACCUGACUAUUCCAAUUGUCCUGCCCGUUAGCACGGAGGACAAGGAUCGCCUAGUUGGCAGUUCAGCCUUUGCCCUUGUCUAUGCAGGCCGCAGAGUGGCCAUACUUCAAAAGCCGGAGUUUUAUCUGCAUAGGAAAGAAGAGCGUUGUGCCCGGCAGUGGGGAACAACCUGCGAGAAACAUCCUUACAUUAAAAUGGUGAUGGAAAGUGGAGAAUGGCUGGUUGGAGGAGACCUCCAGGCACUGGAAAGAAUUCAGUGGAAUGAUGGUUUGGAUCAUUAUCGCCUAACUCCGCUGGAACUCAGGCAGAAGUUUAAGGAUAUGAACGCUGAUGCUGUCUUUGCAUUCCAGCUCCGCAACCCUGUUCACAACGGCCACGCUCUAUUGAUGCAGGACACCAAACGCCGACUUCUGGAAAAGGGCUACAAGAGCCCCGUCCUGCUCCUGCACCCGCUGGGUGGCUGGACUAAAGACGAUGAUGUCCCGCUGGGCUGGCGCAUGAAGCAACACGCAGCAGUGCUGGAGGAAGGGGUGUUGGACCCGCAGUCGACCAUUGUAGCCAUCUUCCCAUCACCAAUGAUGUAUGCCGGGCCAACAGAGGUUCAGUGGCAUUGCAGGUCCCGAAUGAUUGCUGGGGCCAACUUCUACAUCGUGGGCCGCGAUCCCGCUGGCAUGCCCCAUCCCAUUACCAAGAAGGACCUGUAUGAACCAACCCAUGGAGGGAAGGUACUGAGCAUGGCACCCGGUCUAACCUCUGUGGAGAUCAUACCGUUCAGAGUCGCUGCGUACGAUAAAGAUAAGAAACGCAUGGACUUCUAUGACCCAGAGAGAUCGCACAGUUUUGAUUUCAUCUCAGGCACCCGUAUGAGACAGCUUGCCCGCGAAAAUAAAAAUCCGCCUGAUGGCUUUAUGGCUCCUAAGGCUUGGAGGGUGCUGACUGAAUACUACUCCUCCCUGGAAAAGAACAAUUAAUGUUUUAUUCUGAACAAACACAAAAGGCAUUUCAUGGAAUGCCACGCAACAGCUAGCUGCUUCCUUACUUGCUGUGUUCUUUCUAGUCUCGUAAUUCAUGCAAUGUUUAAAAUUUUUAUUCGAUUUGAUUUACACACAUUAACAGUCGAUUUUCAAGUGGCUGAAUGAAGACCUAGCUGGAAAAAUAGGUUCUUUUCAUUCUGAUUUUAAAGUGCUUAUUUAUUCUUUCCUUUAAUGUGUUUAAAUAACUAAAAAAAAUUGGUCUUUUGCUGUAGCCAUUUAUUUCAUUUUACAUGUCAAGUGUAACUGGAAACAUUUUUGGACUUUUUAUACAGAGUUCAUUUUCAAAGUGCUGAUGGUAACACUGUUUUCAAAGUGUUUCCAGUUGGUGGUUUUGCAAAGAAACUAAUUACCCUCAAGACAGGAUAUGUUUAGUGAAAUCUUGUUUUUAGGAGUCAGAUAUGUCACAAAGUCCUUUGUAAUCUUGUAUAGAACCUACGGCAGGUAUAAAUUAUUUUGCCCUCACUUGACAUCACUUACAGAAUUCCUCACUAUUUUCAUCUUUGCCACCUGAAUUAGAUGCUGCAAUGUUUUGAAGUAAUUUUAAACAGAUGUCUUUUCUACCAGCAGCUCAAUAUUUGAUGAUCUGCAAAUUAUACAUCAGCGUUCUGGUUAUGGGAAAAGAAAAUUUGUUCUGGUCAUCACCUUUUACAAUAGUGUUCAUACUGUGCUCUUGUAAAGAACUGUCUCCUAAUAACCUCAACCUCAUUCUCAUUAAAUAUUGACUUUGGAACUGAGAUGAUGAAAGAACAAGGCCACGUUUCAAAACCCUCCUGACAGUGUUUGGAACCUGAAAAAGACAGCUGUAGAAGUUCUAAUAGAUCUUAGACCAUAAGACAUAGGAACAGAAUUAAUCCAUUCAGUCCAUCGAAUCUGGUCCACCUGUCAAUCGCAGAUGAUUUAUUUUCCCUUUCAACCCCAUUCUGCUGCCUUCUACCUGUAAAUCUUGAUACACUUACUAAUCAAAAACCUAUCAAGCUCCAUUUUAAAUAUACCCAAUGACUUCACCUCCACAGCUGCCUAUAGUAAUGAAUUCCACAGACCUCUAAGGAAAUUCUUCCUCAUCUCUGUUCUUAAGGGAUGUCUUUCAAUUCUUAGGCUCUGGUCCUAGACAUUCCCCACUAUAGGAAACAUCCUCACCAUGUUCUCUCUGUCCCAGCUUUUGAAUAUUCAAUAUUUCAAUGAGAUUCCUCACUCAUUCUUCUAAAUUCCAGCAAGUACAGGACCAGAGCCAUCAAACACUCAUCCUGUGUUAACCCUUUCAAUUCUGAUGCCAGCACAUCCUUCCUUAGAUACAAAGCCCAAAGCUGCACACGAUAUUCCAAAUAUGGUCUAACCAAUGCCUUAUAAAACCUCAGGAUUGCAUCCUUGCUUUUAUAUUCUAGUUCUCUCAAAAUGGAUGCUAACAUUGCAUUUGCCUUUCUACUGACUUAUCCUGCAAGUUAAUCUUUAGGGACUUCUACACGAGGACUCCCAAUUCCUUUUGCACCUGAACAACUCCCUGCAUGACCAUACACUUCCCUACACUGUGUCCCAUCUGCCACUUUGCAUAUUCCUGAUAUGUUCCGAAUCCUUCUGCAGACGCCUUGCUUCCUUAACACCACCUGCCCUUCCACCUAUCUUUGUAUCAUCCACAAACAUGGCCACAAAGCUAUUAAUUUCAUCAUCAAGAUCAUUAACACAGAACAUGAAAAAUAGUGGACCAAACAAUGCCCCUGCGGAACACCAGCAGCCAACCAGAAAAGCCCCCUUUAUUCCCACUGUUUGCCUUCAGGCAAUCAAAUGUUGAUUAUAUUGUAUUGUUUUUGAUACUCAGACAUAUUCAAAAGCUAUUAACAUUUAUCCUAAUAAUUAGGAAAUGUGAAAGUUAGUCUUUUUUGUUAAAUGGUUCACUAAAAUAGCAUAAAAUUAUAGAGAAUUUAAUACAUUAGUAUCAUACAAAGUAAUAUUUUCUUUGUCCUUCUAAAUCUGUAUCCUACUGAAGAGUAACAAAUCCUGUCAGUUUUGAGCUGGAGCAGAAGCCCAGAAGCAAUUUUGCCAUUAUUCUGACUUCAGCGUCUCAUAGCAAUUACACACACACACACAUCUGGGACUUUAAUUUAAACAACUGAAUGCCAGCAGCUUUAAGCAGAGCAACUGGCAAAAAGUAGGCACAUAGUCCAAGAGAGUUCUAAUUUUAAUUCACAAGUGACUAAUGCAUUUACUUCACAGCCAUGAAGUUUCCUGCUUUAUAGAACUGUCACAUUAAACAAAGACACUGCCUUGUGAUUCUGAGGUAAGCAGGGAUGUUAUUUUUGCCCUCCAGUUUACCUCAAUACAUUGCAUUUGUAUUCACUUUUGGAAUAGAGUCACACCAUGCCAAAUGAAACCUUCUAAGCAUGAGUUUAUGUAUUUAGUCUUUCAUUUUUUUUUAUUAGUCUUUCACUAGGACCAGCUCGUUGUUGAAUCCCUGUCACACUAGGUUCGCAGUUCAGGUAGCCAAAGCUACUCACCAUUCCUCCUCACUCUCCUCAAAUAUGUGAGAGUUAUUCCUCCUCACUCUCCUCAAAUGUGCCGGAGUUAUUAUUGGACAACUAAUUAUCGAGCGACAGUGAAACAUCCCACUUUGGGAAAGGAAAGCUCGAUGCAGUAAAUCGUUCUCCUUUGACGUCUCUUGUGGCUGGAUUGCAGGCAAUUUAGACAUUGGAUUUGUGCAGGUCCACAAUGAAAAUGUCCCUUUUCGACAAGUGAGAGCGUGACACGUAGAAGGAAGGGAGCAACUGGAUGAGAAAUCAAGAAAGAAGAUGAGAAGGGAAGGAUAGGCUGAAUUUCAUGUAUUUGCCAGCACCACACUUUUCAAUUUUCUGUCAUAAUGAUUAAUGGCUACAGCAAAAUGCAAAAUUUAAAAUCUAGCAGAAUGUAUACUUAACUUCUAGAGAACACUGCUUAAGCUUUAAUCAACUGAAUUCAUUAGUGCCUUUCUCACAAAUGACCAGAAAUGUAUAUUUAUUUUCAGAAAUGAGCUGGCUUUUACACUGUGCCUUAGCCAAUACCUGCCUUCAAUGCAAUUUCUGUAUAUCAUAUUGCUAAAGCUUCAUAUUAAUAUAAUCUUGUGUCGUUCAUAUGAAUAAAUAUUCAAUAA